GGUCGACCGAAGGCUUCAUCAGCUGAGGCAAACGGCGCAUCCUACCAACAACAAGACAAUAUGUCUCGAGAUGCCCAACACAAUAUGGAACAAGAACUUGUCUGCGAGGAACUCCCACAGGACAUCCUACACCAUAUACACUCCCUCUUGCUGGUGCGAGACGCUGCUCGUGUUGCUUGCGUGUCCCGUGGGUUUCUACGUUCCUGGAGAUGCUAUUCAAAACUUAUACUCAACGAUGAUACACUCGAGUUGACUGACAAGAAAUUUGAGAACAGAGAACCAUAUAUCAUCAACAAAGUUGGCCAAAUUCUUGAAAACCAUCACAGUAAUGGGGUUAAGGUGGAGACACUUAAACUUGACCUUGGCUCUUCCAGUAACAUCAAAGCCUCCAGCGUGGACAGGUGGCUCCAAAUCAUCGUUAAGUCUGGGAUCAAAGAACUUGACUUGUGGGUGCCUAUGUUCAUGAAGGAAAACUACAGCUUCCCGUGUUCGGUUUUCUCAGACGAGGAAGCUGCAACUUCAAUCCAGACUCUUCGCAUCUUCGAUUGCCAUGUCCAUCCCAUGUUGACACUUGGCCACUUGCGAAGAUUGACAUGUUUAAAAUUAUCUUCUGUCCGCAUUACCGAUGAAGAAUUAGGGCUCUUGCUCUCGAGAAUUUCCGCCCUGGAGUGGCUGGACCUCUUCUCUUGUAGUGGGAUAAUUCGCUUGCGAAUACCUUGUACGCUGCAACAACUCAAUUCCCUGUGCAUUAUGGAAUGCAUGAUGCUGCAGGUGGUAGAGGUCAAUGCUCCAAAUCUCUGCUCCUUUCAUUGUGGUGCUAUUCAUUAUCGUCGGACCUGUAUAGAAAUCUUAUUUUUGGAACGUAGGUUCAAGAAGAGCCCGGCUUUGAAUUAA